AUGAGUGGCGGAUUCAGAAAUGAUACAUCGAGUACUGUGACAACUUGCACACUCAAAGAUGGAGACGGUCGUGCAUUGAGAACUAUCGCGAAUAAUGUGCAAAGUGCUGGAAGAACCACUACCCGAACAAAGGCUAUGAGGAACUAUCUUGAAAGCCUUUCAGAAGGUAUUGUACCUUCAACUGGAGAGAACAACUCGUUCAUGUCUAGAGCUCUCAACAGAAUUAAGUGUCCUGAAUAUAUCAUUCCCUCAGAAAACGAUAUUUGGAAAAUUGGCAAGUCGAAGAAAAAGGAAGAAAGUGCUACGCUUUCCAUCAACGUCCUCAGACGAAUCAGAGGAGACAGAGAAAUCGGCAUUACGCAGAUGGAGAGCAACAAAACACGAACGGAAAUUGCCCAUUUCCAUGAGACUCUGAGGCAGCAAGACGAGGCCCUCCCGGGAACUGAUACCGAUGAAGCCCUCCCGCAAACUGAUACAGGUAACAGCCUAAUGACAUUGCAAGAUUCCACUCCGUCCAGAUAUGAAAGCAAAGCCCACGAGAACGAAAUAUCCAGAACUGAUUGGGCCUCCUCGAUGAGAGCUACAAGUAACAAGCAGCAGAGAUAG